CUGCAGAAGACUACCGAGAAUACCAAUACAUAAAGUCUCAACCCAUUUUAAAAUCAACUGCAGACUCUUCCUCAAAAAAUUUCCUUUACAGAGAAAGAAGCACAAACAUACGCAACUCCAUCAAUUAAACCACAGCAAAAGGAAAAGAAAAACAAAAGCAUGAAAAAUCUCUACAACAAGAAAGGCAAAAUCCACCCAUCACCAUUUGUCCCUGAUCACUUAUCACUUCUUCCUGCAACUAUUAUUACUCUUGCUGCUGCUCUCUCCGAAGAAGACAAGCAAGUUCUCGCCUACCUCAUCUCCUGCUGCGGAACUACAACCAACACCAACAGCAGCAGCCUCACUGCUCAUCAGAAGAAAAGUGCUGACGAUGGCAAGGAUCAUGACCCUAUGUUUAACUGUAACUGUUUUAGCUGUUACAUGAGUUAUUGGGUGCGUUGGGAUACUUCCCCUAACCGCGAAUUGAUACAUGAUAUUAUUGAAGCUUACGAAGAAGGUUUGUUCAAGAAGAAAAAGAAGAGUCUGAAGAAAAAGAAAGAUAAAAGUAACAAGCGUGAUUUGAAAGAGAAGAGUACUUCAGAGAUGGGUUUUGAGGAUUCCAGAGAAUUAGAUUCUAUGGAAAAGAAUUCUGGUGAUGGAAGUGGAAGUGGAAGUGGGGAUGUUGAGGCGGAACUGGAAAAGGGUACUGUUAGGAAGAUUACUAGUUUUUUCGGAGACAAAAUCUGGGGCAUCUGGAGCAGAGAUUAAUUAAUUAAUUAAUCAGAUUGAUUAGUUAAUCUUCUUUUUUGCUCUUUCUCUGUAAGGUAGAGAUGAGUUUUCUUUUUCAAUUGUUCUUUAGUUUCUUGAAUCUUGAUGAGAAUUGAAUUGAUUACUGUUGAGUUC